AUGGUAGAUACUAACAAACGAGUGUUUUGGCAUUUUACAUUUAAAGACAUAUUAACUAUCUUAUGUUCAGCUGCUAUACCCAUAGCUCUGGCUAUCUAUACUGCAAUUGGAUCUCAACAACAAAAACAACAAGAUGAGAAAAAACAAAAGUUUGAUUUGGAACAAUCAACAGAAUUAAGGCAACAAACUCUUUAUGAUGAAUUUAUAAAUAAUAUUUUUAAAUUGGAUAGUUAUGGUUAUCUGAAAGAGAGAAAAAAUCCAUGGGCAUUUGCGAAUGCAUAUUAUCGUGCUGCUCAUCUACAAUGGGAUACAACACGUAAAGCAUAUGUUUUACAAUUUCUGAAAGAAAAACAAUUGAUUGGUAGAAAUAAUUGCACUAAUGGAUGUAGAACAACAAAUUUAGAUGAUAUAAUCCGUUUGAAUGAAUUAAGUUUUGAUAAUGUACGUCUAGCAAGCCAAAACGGUGUAUUAUAUAAGUUGAAUUUACAAUGUAUUUCUUUUGAUCAAGUAUCAUUGUCAAAUGCGGAGUUUUCAUCUGUUAAUUUAAAUGGUGUGUCAUUUAAUGAAGUACAGUUAGAUAAGGUGAACUUUGAUGGUUCAUCUUUACUUUGUGCUAGGUUUAAUGGUGUAAAUCUGUCGGGUGUAGAUUUUGGGAACUCGAAUCUGACAGGUGCACACUUUUCAAACAGUGAUUUAUCAGGAGCUAAAAUAACAGAAGAUCAAAUAAAUCAGGCAUCUUUUGAUAAUGUGAUUAUGCCAAACGGAGAGAAGAGUGAGAUUACAUCCUCAACAUCAACAAAAAAUCCUAUAACACAAACAACCACAAUGAUAAAAACAAAAAUGUCGACAAUAUUAUCAUCAUCGUUAAUCUCAACAACAUCACCGAUAACAACGCUAUCAUCGUUCACAACAACAUCAUCAUUCUCAUCAACAUCAACAACGCCAUCAUCACCAUCAACAACAACAACAUCAUCGACAACAACAGCAUCAUCGACAACAACGCCAUCAUCAUCAUCAACAACAACAUCAUCAACAACAACGCCAUUAACAACAUCAUCAACAACAACAACAACAUCAUCGACAACAACGCCAUCAUCAUCAUCAACAACAACAUCAUCGACAACAACAUCAUCAACAUCAACAACAACAUCAUCGACAACAACGCCAUUAACGACAUCAUCAUCAACAACAACAUCAAUUGCUUGUAAUAGUACAUUUCUUAAUCAAACUACUUACGCAGUUGGUAAAUAUCCAAAAUCAGUAGCAGUAGCGGAUGUGAACAGCGAUAAUAAACUCGAUAUUAUCAUUGCAAAUAUGGCUUCACACACCAUCAGUGUUCUUCUCAACGCAGACAGCGGCACUUUUUCUCCUCAAAAUAAUUACUCAGUUGGCACAGGUCCACUAUCAGUAGGAGUAGUUGAUGUGAACAGCGACAAUAAACCCGAUAUUGUCGCCGCAAACCAUAUAUCAAACACCAUCAGUGUUCUUCUCAACGCAGGCAACGGCACUUUUUUUCCUCAAAUCACUUACGCAGUUGGUGUAAGUCCAUAUUCGGUAGCAGUAGCCGAUAUAAACGCCGACAAUAAACCCGAUAUUGUUACUGCAAAUAUGAGAUUAAACACCGUCAGUGUUCUUUUCAACACAGGGAACGGCACUUUUUCUUCUCAAACUAUUUACUCAGUUGAUGCACAACCAUAUGCACUAGCGUUAGCCGAUGUGAACAGCGACAAUAAACCCGAUAUUGUCGUCGCAAACCAUAUAUCAGGCACCAUCAAUAUUCUUCUCAACAUAGGCAAUGGCACUUUUUCUCCCCAAGCUACUUACGCAAUUGGUGCAGAUCCAGUGUCAGUAGCAGUAGCCGAUGUGAACAGCGACAGUAAACCCGAUAUUGUCAUUGUAAGUUCGACUCCAAGCACCGUCAAUAUUCUCUUCAACAGAGGCGAUGGCACUUUUUCUUCUAGAAUUACUUACUCGAUUGGUCAAAAUACAGUGUCAGUAGCAGUAGCUGAUGUGAACAACGACAAUAAACCCGAUAUUGUUAUCACAAGCUAUAAUUUAAACACCAUUAGUGCACUUCUUAACACAGGCAACGGCACUUUUUCUUCUCAAGUUACUUACAAAGUUGGUUUAAAUCCACAUUCAGUAGCAGUGAUCGAUGUAAGUAACGACAAUAAACUCGAUAUUAUCGUCGCAAACUCUGGUGCAAACACCGUCAGUGUUCUCCUACAAUGUUAA